AAAGCCACAACUUUUAAUGUUUUUAUUUGUUCGAAAUUCGCUGGAUACGUUAACACAGCCUUGUCGUACUACCAUUGAAUAACUUUCACUAUCACCUAUGAAAUAUAAAAUGGAUGGCUUGAGAGAGCAAGUUAUGAUUAAUCAGUUUGUUAUGGUUGCUGGAUGUGCAAGGGAACAGGCAAAACAAUUGCUCCAGGCUACUCAAUGGCAAUUCGAAGCUGCUCUUAGUGUAUAUUUUCAAGAAGUGGCUGUUCCACAUAAUAAUCAACAUUCAAUGGCUGCUCCUACAAAUACCCCUGCUACACCACCGAACUUUCCAGAUGCAUUAUUAGCUUUUUCGAAGCUGCAAACCUCUGAAACGAACUCAGCCAAAAGGGUAAACACAAAUAAUAACACACAACCCAGUGAAACUACUAUUCGUAGCUGAUUUUAAAUUACUAAAAAAAUGUUGCGGAUCCAUACCUACGUUAAGGUUAUGUGUUGUGUUAAUUAUUGGCCCUGUUAUGCUGCAACAGAGGUGUGAUUCUGGUGUUAAAUGAUUCGAGAAAAUAGAAAAUGCUAGCUAGCUAGCUAGUUAGCCAUAUAUAAAUAAAAAGAAACCAGUUGAGUUCUGGUAUAUAUUUGAUCUUUUUUUAAAUAGACAUUAUAAAUGUAAAAGAAUAUACAGAUGUAUGUUUGUAUAUAGCUACAUAAUUUUUCUGUGGCAGCUAGAGCAGUGGUUGUCACUCAUAUCACAUGUAAAUAUCUGUCUUUGAUGAUCCAAAAUGAAGGGUACUUUAAAUUGUAAGGGAUGAGUUGAACCUUAAAUAAAUAUUUUUAGUAUAGCUAGCUACUAGAAGUUUUUUUAAAGUGACCAGUUAAUUUAAAGUAUGUCAUGCGUUUGAAAACCUUGUCUUUGCCUGUAGCCUAUUUCAAAAGUAAUAUAGCUACCUUAUCGAUGAAUGUUAACAAAGUGACUGGUUUAUUUUUAAACACACCCCUCAGUUUACACAUUGUUUUUUUUUACAACAAACAAGCAUCCUGCUAGCUAACUAGUGAAAGUUUCUUAAUUUUUGGAAGGCAAAUAGUUUCUUAUAAAGUGGUUUCGAAUUAAAAAAACUUGUAAUUUAAGGGACUAAAAGCUGUCCUAGGACUCAAAAGGUUAAUAAGGUAAUCCUUUUAUUUUGAGUUGUCAAUGACCAUGUACAUGUUUAAACUAAAGUAAGGCAACACGAAAGAGAGUAGCUUCUUAGAGUAUGCCAUUUUUGAUUGAUUUGUAUUUUCAUAUGCACUUCAUGUGGUACAUGUUGAUAAUUAGGUUUUUUUAAUUGUAGUUGUUGUUUAAAUUUUUAAUAUUAUCUAUUCUACGUUUUAGUAUAUAUUUUAUGAAUGUUCUGAGCUUGGGCCAUAAUUAUAUCAUUUUCUAGGUUUUCGUUUAUAUAAAUUGGGCAAGAAUUCACAAAGGUGUGCCUGUAUGCAUCGUUUUUUAUCAAGUCACUACAAAUAAUCUUUAGUUUUAUGCCCAACCAGUGGUGUUCCACUCAGAAGUUUAGAUAUAUAUGCUCAAAAACAUUUUUUUUUAUCAUAAAACAACACAAACAAACAAUUUUAUGUUCUAAGUUGAUAUUGGUGAACAUCAAAAUGAGACUGUGUUGUGUUAGGGAGCUUAUAUGUUAGAUACCAUGCUUAUAUACACAGAGAAACAUUUUAUACUUCCCUAGUGCCCUGCCACUAUCCACAAAACUUUUUAGUAUACAACUGUUGAGCUAAGGUAGAAUAAAACAUUCUAAUUUUUGAAAUCAUCAAGUUUUACAUUGUUCUAUCAUUUGUUUUAAUAUGUGCUUUUUUUUUAUUUUGAUGCUAACUUUACAAUUGCCUUUAAUGUGCUACAUUUUUCAGCAUUCUGUUUUUUUUCAAGAUCUUGUGAGAAGAAAGUAUCUCCUUCACCGUUGUUUCUUUUUAUUCUUGUAUGGUGCUUUAUGCAACCUCCAUGCAGAUUUUUUAAUCAUUAUCAUGCUCUUACAAUUUGCUUGUGUAUUUGGCCCAAGCUACUUUAUAUAUUAAAUAUUUUCAUAAUUUCUUUCAUGCCAUUUCUCUUUGUAUGAGAAAGUCAUUUACUUUUAUUCAAUCGCUUGUGUUUCCAUAUAAACAUUAUUUUAUAUAUGGUUACAUGUUAUCUUGUAAUUUGCUUGAUAAGUCGUUGUGGUUAUUCAAAUCAUUGGUUAGUAAUUUAUUUAGUAAAAUUUUUUCUUUCCUAUGCUUUCAACGAUUUCUGUACUGCUUCUUGUCCUUUAGUAAAAUUUUCUAAUAAAACAUGAUUUAUGAUCA